CAGUUCUCACAACUCAUUCACCCUCCGUUCGAAGUAGGUGCACACAUCCGAUAGUUCUUCACGUGGAGGAAAUUUAUUUCGGAAGUAAAAAUAAUAGCAAAAUAUGGAUCAAAAUAGUCCCAGCGAAGUGAAACCGAACGGUAUCCGAGCCAAUGGGUCCGAAAACGGCAUCAAAACUCCAUUCCUGAUCGGUGUGGCCGGUGGAACCGCCAGUGGAAAGUCGACCGUGUGUAAGCGUAUCAUGGAGCAGCUGGGCCAAGCCGAUAUGGACCACACGCAGAGACAAGUCGUCUCAAUCAGUCAGGACAGUUUCUACCGAGAGUUGACGCCUGCGGAAAUGCUGCGUGCCGACAAAGGCCUGUUCAACUUUGAUCAUCCCGAUGCUUUCAAUGAGGAACUGAUGCUGACGACACUGCAGGACAUUCUGCAGGGCAAGAAGGUGGAAAUCAAUGAGUACGACUACCGGAGCAAUGCGCUGCAUCCGGAGAAAAAACUGACCAUUUAUCCGGCCGAUGUGGUACUAUUUGAGGGAAUUUUGGUAUUUUAUUUCCCCGCCAUAAGGGAACUGUUUCACAUGAAGCUGUUUGUCGAUACCGAUUCCGACACGAGGUUGGCGAGAAGAGUUCCUAGAGAUAUCAACGAAAGAGGGCGAGAUUUAGAACAAGUUCUAAAUGCAUAUAUGGUCUUCGUAAAGCCUGCUUUUGAGGAGUUUUGUUCACCGACUAAAAAAUUCGCCGAUGUGAUUAUUCCACGUGGAGCUGACAACACAGUGGCCAUCGAUCUGAUCGUGCAGCACAUCCGCGAGUUCCUGAACAACCGAACCCGGCAGGAUCACAGCCCGCACCUGGCCAGUGGAGGCACCAGUGCGCUGAAUCUACCCCGUGGCCGAGUAGAGGCCCAUUGUUACUCACCCCAAUAAUGCUACUUUAAAUGGUACUAAUAAUAAUCAGUAGAAUAAAAGAGGCUGUCUCUAGGAUUUAGUUUAGAUGAUUUCAACAGACAGUGGUCAGAAAUGUCGUACAAAACUGAAAAAAAAACAGAGCAAUUCCAAUAGAGCAGAUUGACGCAUUUAGCAAUAUCAUGUAGGUCCAUUGAAGAAUGAUUGAAUAUCAAGAUGAUCGUCAAAACGAAAAAAAAACUUUUAAGGAUGCGUUGUCUUGACAUACAGUCAGUACUCAUAACUUAACUACACAUUUGGAUCAUUUUAUUCUGCUUAACAGCUUGGACAGAUGGCUUUGAAAUAGAAAAUGAUAAAAACGAUUUUUCUCAAAAAACUUACUUUUUAAACAAAAAAAUGAAAAAAAAUAAUCAUAACUAGGGACAAUGGAAAUUCGCGGCAAAAAUUCUUAAAUUUCUCGGACUACUAUUGUGAAUUUCGCGGCAAUUUCGCGGUCCUAUAUGUUUGACCGUUUUGUCGAAGAAAACUCCAAAUUUACUUGGUUUUGUGAGGAGUAAUCAUAAAUUUACUGAAAAAGUAGCAAAUUUGAAAAAAGUAUAAAACAAAUAUAUAUUAAAAAUGCAAUAAACUCGUAAAAAACUUUACACAGUCAAAAGUUAUCAGUCAAUUUUGCUAAAAUAUUUGUAAUUGUUGGAAUUUUGUAGGGUGUUUUAACGAUGUAACCCAAUUUCGCGGCAUUUCGCGGAAUUCUUGAAAUUUCGCGGCCAUAGCCCGAUUUCGCGGAUUUCGCGGCUUCCGCGAAAUCGCGAAUUUCCAUUGUCCCUAAUCAUAACACUGAUAUGAAAGUUUUUACGGACACGACACGACACAUAAAAAGCGAAUACUCAAAAAAAUGUUGGUUGGAAGCGGUUGAGAACUGAUUCCGAAAUCGUAGUCACCACAUCGGCGUUUUUUGGAAAGACAUGAUUCCAAGAUAAUCGCGUUCAAAGUUUCAAACAUAAACUACGCGCCCAUAAAAGCGCGAGGUGCAAAACGCUAUAUCUUUGCUUUAACGGCUUGGAUCGGAAUUCCUUUUUAAAUUUAUCUAGGAAAUCCUCAAAAAUGACUUCAGGAGUAACACCAGGAAAUGCUCCAAAAAAUCAUCGCGGGAUUGCUUCGAGAACUCCUCCGGGUUUUUUUUUGAAUUUUUUUUUCAAGAAAUGUCUCCAGGAAAUCCUCCAGGAAUUACUCCAGAAAUGCCUACAGGAAUCCUUAAUACAAUUUAUCCAAGAAUUCCAUCAGAUAUUCCUCCAGGAAUUUCUCCAGAAAUUUAUUCAAGAACUCCUCCAAAGGUUCCUCCAAAAAAAAACCUUCAGGAAUUCCUCCAAGAAAUUCGCCAAGAAUUCCUCAAAGAAUCCCUCCAGGUAUUCUUCCAAGAGUUUCUGUCAAUAAUUCCUACAAGAAUUCCUCGAAAAUUCUUCCAGGAAUUCCUCCAAGAAUUCUGCCACAAAUUCUUACAAGAAUCCCUUUAGGAAUUUCUCCAAAAGUUUCUUCAUGAAUUCCACCAGGAAUUCACGAAAGAAUUUCUCCAGAUAUUCAUCUAAAACUUCUGCAAAGAAUUUCUCAAGGAAUCCCUCUAGAUGUUCCUUCAAGAAAUCCUCCUGGAAUUCACCCAAAACUUCUACGACGAAAAAUUUUCCAAGAAUUCCUCCAGAAUUUACUUCAAGAAUUCCUCCAAGAAUUUUCCAAAAUUUACUCCAGGGAUUCCUCGGAUAUUUCUUUCAGGCAUUCUCCAGAAAUUCCUCCAGGAACUCGUCAAGAAAUUAUUCAAAGGAUUCCUACAGAAAAUACUACAGGAAUUCCUCCAGGAACUUCUUUACUUAGAAGGAAUUCUUCCUGGAAUUCCUCCGGGGAUUUGUAAAGACUUUUUUCAAGAAUUCCUCCAGAAAUCUCAUCAUUAAUACCUCCAGGAUCCUUCUGGAGAAAUUUCUGCGGAAAUUCUGAAGAAAUUCCCAGGGUAAUUCUGGACGAAUUUCCAGGGAGCUUUUAGGAAUUCCAGGAACUCCAGGAGAAUUUUUAGGACUAAUUAUCGGAAGUAUCUCAGGAGAAAUUCUGGUGGAAUACCAGGAAGAAAUUCAAACGGUAUUGAAUUGUAGUUAUUCAGAAAAAAAAUAGUUUUCGAAAUCACUCAAAGGGGUUUUUUCCCUCUUUCCAAAUUUAGAGUUAAAGAUAAAUAAAUACAUAAAUAAAUUAGAAAAAAAAUACGUUUAAAGAGCUUAAGUUUGUCUUCGUGCAAUUAAUAUGCAAAUAUUUGUUUUUUUUUUCUAAUAUAUGUUAACGCUCUCUGGAUCAAGGGUUUUAUAUUUUCAACAGAAGAUUAAAAAUAUUCGUAACAAAUUGAAUAUAAUAUAAUAAAAUAUAAGCAAUACACGGCUUUUAGUUUCGUUUUUUAAGAUUUGUUGAAAAUGGAAAGUGAAAUAUUUCAAUACUAGCUGUUCCGUACUCUUUUAUCGUAAAUUUGAAGGCAAUAUUGUUUAAAGUGUGUAUUUGAAUUAAUUUCCGGUAGAAUUUUCAUGAAACGGAUUAAUCUAUAAAGUCGGAAAAUCGGGAUGAAGAAUUAAUGUUAGAGCCGGUAUACACCAUGAAGAUUUCUUUGGGAAGUCUGGGCUAACGGCAUCACAAGAACAAUCAUUGGAAAUGCUAAGGAAGAGAUUAAAAAAAACUUUAUAAAUAAAAAAAACUCAAAUAUUAGCCCUGGUGAUAUUUAUUCUAAGUUUCUACAACAGAAUAACUCAAACUAUGAGUUGCGUACUUAUUAGAUCAAAUAAGCGUGCGUCCCAAAAGUUUAAAUUCAAAAAAAAAAUUUGAGAAUUUUUUAAAAUUUUAGAUUUUUUUUUUUGUUUUCCGCUUUUUAACGAAUUUAAACAAAUAAUCAAUGACAAGCAUCUUCAUAAGUCCCGGAAAGGAUAAAUUCAAAUUAUAAAAGAAGAUACCUUUUUUAGUAUUUCAAGAGCCUGAUUGAAGUUCUUUCUAGAAUAAUUACUGUCAGACUUCCGGUCUACGUGUUUUCUCAAUUCUUUCGGAUUGAUAUUUUCUGCUAACAUAAUGGUCACUGUGUGCGGAGUUAUUCCGAUGGGUCACUGGAUCAGAUUCUUAUCAAAAGAGCUGUCUUCAGCAAAGUUGCAGGAAAAAUAUAGUUGGAUUGUUCUCCGAACAAACCAUUAUCUUUUUUGCUCGAUUUUAAGAAUUAUGUGUCAUUUUUUGAAAAUGUUGUUUUGUUGUAACACUUUCUAGGGAUAUUUGGGAAUUUUCAUGUGUUCUAUAAACUCAUUCUUCGUAACGAAUACACCUUGUUCUGUUUUUUUUUUAUCGGAUUUAUGCUCCAAGUAGAACACAGUCUGCUCAACUUGAAGAAAAUCCUAAAAAAGAUUUUCUUGUGGAAUCUUUGCAAGAAAUUCCUGGAGGGAACCUGGGAAUCCUGCAGGAAUAAUUACAACAUUUAUAACAACUAGUGUGGGCUGCCUUUCCUUUUUUCAGGCUGGUUCUAUUUUAUGAACACGAGAAAAAGCGGGAUGAAAGACGGGGCAAGUCUCCCUCUUCCAUCGUUCUUUUGCUCGUUUUUGUUUUAGAGAUGAGCGAGUAAGAAAAGUAGCUACCAACGCUAUUAAUAACAGCUGAGAUUAUUCUAAAUCUUCCUUCUGUGAUUCCUACGCGGAUUACUACAGAAAUUGUCUUAGAAUGUUCACAGUAAUUCCUGUUGGAAUCCUAAUUGAGCUUCCUUAAAGAAUUCUCACUGGAAUUGCUCCAGGAAUACUGCUGGUAUUUAUUUAGCAAUUUCUAACAGACUCUAGCAGGAAGUUUUGCUGAGAUACCUCCGGCAUUUUUUUUUUGCUGGGAAUCCUCCUGGAAUUCUUGGAGGCCUCCUUACAGAAUUCACUGAAGAAAUCUCAGCUGUAAAUGGUUGAGAAACCCCAGCAAGAAUUCCAAGAGAAAUUCUAGUAGCAAUAUCUGCUGAUACCCUAAAAUAAAUUCCUAAAGUGACCAAUGCACAGUGGUCCACGAACCAGAUUUACAAGGAAAGAUGCAUUCAACGCCUUCAAAUGAGUUUUUAGACAAAUAUGGUCUUCUACAAAGUUGGCCCUCUUUAAAAUGUGCAUGAAAAUUAGGGUGGUCCAUAUUUUCAAAGAAUUUGGUAACCAAACUUUUUUAUUUGUAAGAAUAACUGUAUACAUUCUUCGGGACAGUUGUGGAUCUAUCAAUUUUGAGCAAGUUUGCUAAAGACACUUUUUAUGUAGUUUUAAAAUUGAUCGAUCCAGAGGUAUUUUUCUGAAUAAGCUUAGGGUGGUUCAAGAAAAUCGGUUUUCUGGCGUUAACUUUUUCAGUUUCGAUUUUUCAUCAAACUCGCCCAAGAAACACUUGUAGAGCAUUUGAAGACGCGUCGUUUCGUGCGCUGAGAUGGUCGUUAUCUCUUUUGGUUCAAAAGUUACAGGCGUUUUUUCUUAAAAAAUCAUAGUUUUUUAAAAAGGGUUUAUGAUGGGUUGGGGCAAACAUAAAAAAUAUCUUUUGCCCGUAUUCAAAAAAAGAAAUGUUGUUAUAAAACGUAUCAAAAAUUUAGAGGGGUGUUAUUUUUGACACUCACGUGAAAAAUACUUGAAAAGUGCCUAUUUUUUUCUAGAAAAUCAUCAAUAUCUUAUGAACGGAAUGACGUAGCAACAUUCUCAGCGCACGAAAAUGCGCGUUUUUGGAAGCUCCAAAAGUGGUUCUUAGGCGACUUUGACGAGAAAUUUGAAACAAAAAAGAUAAAGCAAUAAAACGAUUUGUUCUAGCGUCACCCUAUGAAAACUAUGGGAAAAUGCUCCAAAUUUGGUCAAAACAGUUUAAACGCUUUAUCUUUUUUGUUUCAAAUUUCUCAUAAAAGUUGUCUAAGAACCGUUUUUAGAGCUUUAAAAAAUGUACAUUUUCGUGCGCUGGGAAUGUUGCCACGUCAUUCUGUUCAAAAGAUAUUGAUGAUUUUCUAGAAAAAAAAAGCACUUUUCAAGUAUUUUUUUCUUGAGUUACAAAAAUAACACCCCUCUAAUUUUUUGAUAUGUUUUAUAACAACAUUUCUUCUUUUGAAUAACAGUUUUAUUCUAAUGAAUAAAAGUAACGCCAGAAAACCGGUUUUUCUCGAACCAGCUUAUUCAGAAAAAUACCUCUACAUCGAUCAAUUUUAAAGCUACAUAAAAAGUAUCUUCAGCAAACUUGCUCAAAAUUGAUAGAUCUGCAACUAUCCUGAAGAAUGUAUAUAGUUAUUCUUGCAAAUAAAAAAGUUUGGUUCCCAAUUUCUUUGAAAAUAUGGACUACCCUAAUUUUCAUAUAUAUUGAAAAGAGGGCCUUAUUUUUAGGAACAACUUUGUAGAAGAUCAUAUUAAUCUAGAAAAUCAUUUGAAGGCGCUGAAUGCAUCUUUCCUCGUAAAUCUGUUUCGUGGAUCAUUGUGCAAUGGCCACUGACCAUUGAAAAAUAAUCUAUGAAGGUUUCGCAACAGGGUUUUCUAUAGGAAACCUAAAAGAAGUCUCUGAAAGAAUUCUUGGAGGAAUCACAAGAAGGAUAGAGAAAGGAAUCCUUUCAUAAAUCUCUGAAUCAAUCUCAACAGUGUUUAGAUUUUUGAGGAAUCCCAGGCACUUCUAGAGAAGUGCCUGAUGAAAUUGUAUGCACAUUCCGGCUGGGGUUGCUGAAGAAAUACCUUCAAGAUUUUGUCCAAAACUUCCAUCAAGAAUACCUACAAGAAUUCUUAUGGCAUUACCACUAGAAACUUCUCCUCCAGCAAUUCCUGCUGUAAUUUAUUCAUGGAUUCUUUAGAAAUAUAGUAUUCAUGCUGGGAAUCCCUAUGAGCUUAUUAUCCUCCAGGAAGAUGUUCCUGCAAAAAAUUCUAAAGGAAUGGCGGUAAGAAAUCGUGAAGAAUCUCUAGAAGGAUUUCUUGAACAAAUCUCAGCAGUAAUUAUUGGAUCACAAAGAGAAACAGGAAUUCGUAAAUAAAUCUAUGAAGUAAUCAUAGCAGGAAACCCCGGAAGAACUCUACUCUUGAAUCUCUAUUCUAGGAUAGGGAAUUCGACUUAUAAGCACUUGAUUCUCUAGAACGACAGUUAAAAUUUGCCCUUACGUUUCGGUAACGUUUGCUAUCAUCCUGAUGAAUGAAUCUUAACUGCUUUCGUUCUAAAGAAUCAAGGGCUAAGUGGACCAGGAAUUCCAGGAGGAAAUCCUGGAGGAAUUUUCGGAUGCAUUUUCCGAGGGACCCCAGAGAGCAUCCCUAGAGCAAUGCCAAGUGAAAUUGCUGGAGAAAUCUUUUAAAAAAUCCUUUUGAAUUUCUCCAGGAACGCCUGAUGGGAUUCUGUUAGAAAUUUUCACCAAUGACUCCUCUGUAAGUUGAAGGAUUCCUCUAGGAAUUUAUCUCGGAAUACCUCCAGAAGAUCUUGCUGGGAUUCCUUCAUGAACUCCUGCCAGAAUUUUUCCUGGCAUUUUCACUGCCCAAGUAACAUUUUUUUAGUUAAAUAGAUUAAAAGAGGUUCUUACAACCAUAAUAAAACCAAAACAAAAGGUAGUAGAUUUUAUGAUGGUAGUGAAAACCUCUACAAGACUAAUUUGCCAUCAAAAUGUUACUUGGAUGAAGUUUCUCAACCAUUUCCAGAUUGUGAUCCCGCCACGAAUAUCACGAGACAUUCCAGAUGAAUUCGAAGAGCAAUUUCAACAGGAAUUCUCAAAGGCAUCUAAAGAGGAUUUCUAGUAAAAGUAAGAUUAUUUCCUAAAAGGAAUUUGAGAAAUUCCGAGAAAUUCAGAAGGAUUUCAAAAAGACAUUUAGGGUGAAUUUCUAGUAGCAUCCAUAGAGAAUAGGCCUGUCCACCUUUUCAAAAAUGUUCUCUGAUUCUCAAGUCCACCCCCAUAUUUUGAUUGGCAUACUAAAAGAAGUAACUGGUCAAAAUUUCAGCCAAAUCCAUUGAAAUUAAAGGGUGCAUCAAAUCAAUUUUGUGUUUUUCGACUAUUUUUGAAUUUCUAAAAAUCAUAACUACACUAAAUAUUGUCAACACUUAAGGCGAAACUGGAAGCAUUUCCUCACUUUUUGGUUUUUGAUUUUUUAUUAAAUAACGAAGCAAUAUUUUCAUAAUCGGUUUUCGUGCACAUGUAGAGUAUGGAUCAAUGUAUCUUCUGAUUUUUUUGUAGUGGAAAAUGUUUUUCGUUUUUACAGAAACCAUUUUUGAACAAAAUUUCACAAAAAAUGGUUUCUGCAAAAAUGGAAAACAUUUUCCAUCUCAAAAAAAAUCAGAAGAUACCUUCAUCCAUACUCUACAUGGAGGAAGUACAUAUGUGUAAUUAUCACAUUUGUAAUCAGAAAAACCUUGAAGAGGUGAUUUUUGAUAGAUUUUGUUCUGGAACACCCUUAUAUACGUAAUAAGUUAACAUUUUAAAACGGCAUCAUAUUCUCUCAUGUUUUGUGAUUAUUUGCUUCUUUGACAUCAAUGCUAUAGGAAUUGAGCAAAAAAAUAUUAAAAUUCGGGAAAGGCAAAUACGUCCCAAUCAGAUUUGAUGCACCUUUUAAUUUCAAUGGAUUUGGCUGAAAUUUUGACCAGUUACUUCUUUUAGGAUACCAAUUAAAAUAUGGGGGUGGACUUGAGAAUCAGAGAACAUUUUUGAAAAGGUGGACAGGCCUAAUAGAGAAGUUACACAAAGAUUGCUAGAUGAGUCCCAUCAAAAAUAAUUAAAUGAACCUCAGCAAGAAUUUUAAGAGCGGUAAUUCCAGAGAAUAUUUUGGAUAAAUUCCAAGAAAAAUUUCUGAAGGAAUUCUUGGCAAAAUCUCUGGAGGUACUACAUGAGGAAUGUUUGGAAGAAACCCACCCGGCAUAAUUCUUUUGAAAAAAGCCUAUUGAAAUCACAGAAAGAGCUUCUGCUAGUAUCCCAGUGGGCAUGACUAGAGGAAUUCCUGAAAGAACACUUGGUGAAAUCCGCGAAGAAAUGCCAAUAAAAACUCUUGGAAGAACCCAUGGAUUUUUUUUUUUAAGUUGCCUUGGAACUCCUCCACAAAUGUCCAAUGGAAAAUUCUUGAUGAGAUUGCUCCAGAAGUUUCUCCAAGUAUUCCUAUACAAAUCCGUCCUGUGAUUUCUCCAGUGAUUUUUCAAGAUUUCUCACUUUUAGCAGCACUAUUUGUGACUAAUCUGAGAAAUUAUGGUGGGCGUAACGACUCGAUUGUAUUCAGUUAAACAAAGGAUCCAAUUUUUUGAAAAUCAAAAAAAAUUUAGCCAAGUAUCGCUACUCCACAAUAAAAGCAAAGAUCAAUAUCGCACAUUUUUUGAUAAAGUGUACUGCAUAGCAACUUUUCUGUGCAGCUAUGCCGUCUCUGUAUAUGUUUUUGUGUAACGUCGUUAUUUUUUACUGUCAAAGCCAUCUGUCAGCAUAAAACAUCAGGAACAUUCUAACUAACAGCAUUUACACUAACUUUGGUAGAAAUAGUAAAUAAUCUGUUUUCGUACGUAACAAUAGAAUAUAACACUUUGAUCCAGCUGGUAUUUAACACGACUUUUUUCGUAUGUAAGAUCAUUUAAAGGUAAAGUACUAACGCCAUAUUCUAGUGCACCGAUAAUCACUGCUUUAGUUAAGAGCCAAGCAAAAUUACGUGAAAGUAAUCAGUGUGUUUGAUUUUUCUUUAAAUAAAGCUACCUACAAACACUAACCAGACUAGAAGCCACGCCACUAGAAGCCGAAUUCUUCUCUGCUAAGUUGGUUUGAUGUUUGUGUAAUUCACCAGUAGUCGACCUUAACGGCGAAACCAUCAUAUAUACCUAUAUCGUUGUUCGUGAUCAUUUAAUCAUAGUGGCUAAUUUAAGCUAGCUUUACACAAAAAAAAACGAAAACAUCCGCGCCGCCAAGAGUUGUUACAAACUAACCCUUCCAGUUGGUUUUCGUUGCGCAUUUUAUCUCCCAUUUGCCAUACAAACGAACAGAAAUUUCCCCCCAUUCUUGUAGAAACUCGACAAAAUGAUCAUUGAAAAUGUCGUUUUCAAAUCACCUGAAAAUGUCCUCUUAUUGAUACUCUUAUUCUGUUUUGAUUCAAAAUCUAACCCGAUUCUAGUCCGAUACUUCGUUUUUCAUUGAGACAAACAAAUGAAGAUGUCAAUUUGAGCUAAACAAUAGAGUGCAACUCCCAGUUUACAAAAAAAAUCAAGUCAAAUACAAUGUGUAUAAAGUUUGCAUUCACCCGACUACUAACAGCUCAGCAACGUUAGACUCCAACUUUACCAAAAAUUAGCGCUAGUAUCAUCAGUUGUGAAAAAUCCCCUGAUCGAUGGUAGAACCAACCAACCAACCACCCUUCACCAUUUUAUCGCUAAGUGUUUAAGCAAGUUAAAUUCUCUCUAUCUCGUUAUCCAUGUUGUUGGCAGUGCUUUCAAACUCCUAAAAAAGACAAUCGCUGUUGCAACUGUUAUAAAGUGUUUUCCCAUUUCUUUCUAUUAUCUCUCUCCUUUGUUAAACCAUCGCUACAACAAUACUCGGUUUGUACUGAAACUCCUGAUCUUAUUCUCCCACUGAUCCAAAAUAAAAUUUAAAAAAAACCUCGCGUGCUACACACUUAACUCGAACAAAUCAAGAUGAGAGCACUCCUCCCUCUCCCUCCUCAUCGUCAAGCUUCCGACGGUUCUCCUCGACCAUCAUCAAUAAGAAGCUGUUUUCAGUCGUACUCAACUACUAAUGAGCAGCAAUACAAGAAUGUUUAUGAACUGACAACUAGUAGAGGUAUAACCUAGCGACAGAUGGGAAAUCUCAAUAAAAUAAUAAACAACAAUACUAUAUAACACACUGGAACACCCUAGAGCCGAGUUCGUUUAGGCACAGUAAAAAAAAACCAAAAAACAAGAAGCCGCGUUCCGUGAUCAGCAAAAGAGCAAUAACCGUACAUUGACACACCAUUGUUGCUCGAGAGGAGCGGAAAUGUCUAGUUUUUUAUCGAAACAAUGGCUAGAACAAAAUGAUAUUAUACAAUUUAGAGCGAAGUGAAAAUUUAAUAAAAAUAAAAAAAGUUAGGGGCUUUCAAAAGGGGAAACACAAUGCGAAAUUAUAUAUGUUUGUAUAUUAGUACUUAAGUUCGUUUUCCUGUGUUGAUUUGAUCUAAACAGACCUACAGGUUACCAAAUGAAAACAUUGGUUAUGAUUAUUAUAUAUUUUAUUGUUUAAUAAACAUUGAAACUAUAUAUGACAAAUAAAUAUUUAGAAGCUAGAAA